GCAGGGGGAGUGGAAGGAGCUCAGGCUAUUGUUGAUCACGAAAACCGGUUUGUACGUGUAGCUUUUAUUUCUGCGAUGAAGAAAAUGUGGAGAAUCGAUGGCAUGCAGAUUGCGCAGCCUUGAACCCUGCGCGUGCAUAUCGUCUACAUCUGUGCGGGAUCAUUCGCUGUCAACAAUAGAGUCACGAAGCGCUCGCGUGCUGAACCAGAAGCCAAGUUUCGUGUCGGUAUAAAUGGAUGUAGUCUCAAGGCUUUUCGAUCAUUAUUUCGCAUUCUAACGAUGUAAAUAUUUGAACGUCAACUUUAACAGCAUCGUUUGCACGAGCAACGUCAUGCCGGGGAUGGAUGAACAAGGAAAGAUGAAUCGAGUGAAUGUGAAGCAAGGUUAAACUUUGUGCCCUGUUACGACCUUGGGAUUGAAAGUGAUCAUUACAUUUAUCAGCAGGACUGCCCUGCCUGCUCCGCACACCGCCUAUGUGGAUUGAAUGCACCCCUCAGUGCCCUACAGGAUGGACGAACUGGAUGUGAGGGCUCCAGUUUAUUUUCAUCAUCGACAUAUUUUGAUCUGUGCAUGGAUACUGCAUUACUUUUAUCACAGAGCACUCCCUGUGCUUCUCUCCAACACUUUAGUUUGCAAAAGUAUUGACUUUAUCUGAACUGCUGUUUUGAGAGGAGGGUGAAUCUCUACUGGGAUUGAAGCAACCUCAUCUCAUUGUCAUAUAUUAAUACUCCCUUUUUCUGUGGUUACAUGGAUAGUGUAUAAGGUUUGACCUAACUGCUCACUCCACUGGGUGGAGAAAUGUCUGAAAAUCUUGACAAGAUGGUCAAGUUUCUUUCCCCCCCUUCGAAGAACUUCAAUGGUUCCAGCUCAGACUCGCUUGUGGGCGAGCGUCUAGGUGUCGAGAUCCGGCGUCGCCACCACACCAUGGAGCGAGAACUGCUGAAGGCAGAGCACCGGUUCUUCCGUCGCAGUGUCAUCAAUGACUCCAAUGCCACGGCUUUGGAGCUGCCCAGCAAAAACUGUAUUCUAGCCACCUCAACAGACUGCCCUGCUCCUGUUUGUAAUCCUCUUGCCCCAGGAACCCAAGCUGCAUCACCAACCACACUCUCUGUUGCAUCUGUAAAGAAGAACGUUGAUGGAGCAAAAGAUGGUGUCAGUGUAGAGGCAAAGCCAGGGCUGAUUGGUUGCGAUGGGGAUGCCAUGCAGCUUCUUUCAUCAGAACCACCAUGUUUGGAGCUGAAGUCGGGAGAUAGUGUUGACACAAAACGAGAGAGUGAGAAAGAGGAAGAUGAAGAUAAAGAGAAGGCGCGAGCAGAGGCAGAGUUGCGGGAAGCAGAGAAGAAAGAGCAAGAGGACAUUGAGGAGGUUGAGACACAGGCAGUCGGGACGUCACUGGAUGGACGCUUUUUAAAGUUUGACAUUGAGAUUGGACGUGGCUCUUUCAAGACAGUCUACAAGGGCCUGGACACUGAAACCACUGUGGAGGUGGCAUGGUGUGAAUUGCAGGAUCGCAAGCUUUCGAAGUCAGAGCGCCAACGCUUUAAAGAGGAAGCAGGAAUGCUGAAGGGUCUUCAACAUCCCAACAUAGUACGCUUCUAUGACUCCUGGGAGUCCUCAGUAAAAGGGAGGAAGUGUAUUGUCCUGGUGACUGAACUCAUGACAUCUGGGACUCUUAAGACGUAUCUGAAACGGUUUAAGGAGAUGAAGAUCAAAGUCCUGCGCAGUUGGUGCCGGCAGAUCCUGAAGGGUUUGCACUUCCUCCAUACCAGGUCGCCUCCCAUUAUCCACAGAGACCUCAAGUGUGACAACAUCUUUAUCACUGGCCCUACUGGAUCAGUCAAGAUUGGAGACUUGGGCCUGGCUACCCUUAAGAGGGCCUCCUUUGCUAAGAGUGUUAUAGGUACCCCUGAAUUCAUGGCACCUGAGAUGUAUGAGGAGAAGUAUGACGAGUCGGUGGAUGUGUAUGCCUUUGGGAUGUGUAUGCUGGAGAUGGCUACUUCUGAGUACCCUUACUCCGAGUGUCAGAAUGCGGCUCAGAUCUAUCGCAGAGUCACCAGCGGUGUGAAGCCUGGCAGUUUCGACAAGGUGGCUAUUCCUGAAGUGAAGGAGAUCAUUGAGGGCUGUAUACGUCAGAAUAAAGAUGAGAGGUAUUGUAUCAAAGACCUCCUGAGCCAUGCCUUUUUCCAGGAGGAGACUGGGGUUCGUGUAGAAUUGGCAGAGGAGGAUGAUGGAGAGCUGGUGGCCAUAAAGCUGUUGCUGCGCAUUGAAGAUGUAAAGAAGCUUAAAGGAAAAUACAAGGAAAAUGAAGCCAUUGAGUUUUCCUUUGACCUGAGCAAAGACGUCCCAGAUGAUGUUGCCCAAGAAAUGGUCGUUUCAGGCUAUGUGUGUGAGGGUGACCAUAAAACCAUUGCAAAGGCUAUAAAGGACAGAGUGUCCCUGAUCUGCCGUAAAAGAGAGCAGAGAAAACUGGUAAGAGAGGAACAGGAAAAGAGGAAGAUGGAACAGAAGGGACUCGAGGCUCAGAGUGAAACCCAACAACCUGGACCGCAUGCUCACGCAACUGCCAAUCCCCCUGCUCCCACUCUGGCCCCAGUCAUCAUGGAGUCUGAGGAAUCGGAGGCUGACCAGCACAAGCAGCUGCAACAGCCUGGAGCAUCUGUUUCCACUGUGGGUUUUGUGGACCCUCAAGGUUCAGGGAUUGUCCCUGAGUCUCAGCCUGUUCAGGCAGGUGUGUCUUUCAGCUCUGUACAGCCUGAUUUGCAGCCACAGCUGCCUCCACAGCACACCAUGACCCAUCCUCAAGGCAUGUCACAGCCCCAAGCACAAGCUCCUCUGCAGCAGGUCAGCAGUACUUCGACCAUAGGCCCUAUCCCCCAGAACGGAACUGCGGCCCCACCACAGGUGAUGGGUCAGCCACCCUCUCUGCCCCCUGCUGUUCAGCCUACCGUUCCCCUGCAGUACCAUCAGCCACCUCAGGAUGGCAGCAUUCACCCUCAGACCAUCAUUCCACCUCAAACACUGCAGGGGCCUCAUGUCUUGCAGCCACCUCUAAGCGUAUGUCAGCUGCAGCCACCAGAGCAGACACAACCUCUGGUUCCAGCCUCCACAGAAAGUGGUCACUCAGAUGCUGCAUCUGGUCUGAGUGAUGGGAACGAGGGCAGGCAUGAGGGGCGUUCCAUGAAACAACCCCAAAGGCGUUCUGUACGCAGCCGAUCACGCCAUGAAAAGAUGGCCAAGGCCAAGCUCAAUGUGCUCAAUAUUUCUAAUAUUGGUGACAGAGUGGCUGAAUGCCAGCUGGAAACCCACAACAGGAAGAUGGUCACAUUCAAAUUUGAUUUGGAUGGAGAUAAUCCUGUAGAAAUUGCUGAAAUUAUGGUCAAAAGUGAUUUUAUCCGGGAGAGUGAGCGGGAGUCCUUCGUAGAGCAGGUUGAAGAGGUCAUUCAAAUGGCAGAUCAGAUAGGAAAAGCUAAAAAAAAUAGCCAACAGGUGAUCAAUAAUUUGGGCCAGCAAAUACCUGAAAUUUCAACAUCUAUUGUGCCUGGCGUGCCACCUAGCAUGGCAGCUCAAGUUGUACAUUCAGCAGGCCGACGCUUCAUAGUAAGCCCAGUGCCAGAAGCACGACUUCGGGAACCAUUCUUUGGGCCUCCUUCUGCCAACACAUCUUUUGAAGACUCUGCACCAGUUUCACUGUCCAAUCCAACAUCAGCCAGCAGUGUUCAACAGAACCAAGCCAACUUGGCCUCUAGUUCUACCCAGAUUUCUGUGAUACCAGCCACACCUGGAGGUCUUGCCCCAGAGAGCUGUAAUCCACCUACUUCUCAGUCUUUAUAUCAGAGUCCUGCUCCAGCAGCUUCUACGACUCUGGCAGCUGUCACCACUCAAGGUUCCACUCCUCCACUUGCCAGUCAGCAAACCAGAACAGGGAGGAUGUCUCCCUCCCCAGCCCCAGCUGAGUUAACACCCCAGCGUCGAUUAUCACUUCCCAGCCCUUCUGCACCUUACCAGAGUCCCCAAACAGUUGCGGGUCUGCAGGUUGAGAGCAGUAGCUUGAUGGUCCCAACUGGUGGUGACCAAACUCUAGCCUCCAUCCAGCAGGUGCAAGUCGCCUCUUCAACUGUACCCGUAGUGCAGCCACCUGCAAUGGGAGAGGGAGAAAGUGAUUCCCAAGGAAAGCCACCUGGUAUUGAGGACAUUCAUGCUUUGGACCAGAAGCUGCGUUCCCUUUUCAAGGACUCCUCACAGAGCUCCUCCACUCAACCUGAUGGAUCUGGAGAGACGGUUCCAUCUUCACCGCCCAACACUAUCAACACAAAUGCUCCUGGCUUAGUCUCUGUGCCGCCUUCCAGUUUGUCUCUCAGCUCAAGCGGGCAAUUUGCACCUGGUACUUUUGCUUCUAUUGGCCAGGCAGGAACACCUACAAGCUGUGCCCAGACACCAUCUGCAGAGCCUUACCCACAAAGGCAACAGACCUCUGUGGCUGUAAGUCAACAAGAUGGACAAACCAAUGCUGAGGUAAAGCAGUUAGCCACAUCACCACCAGACAAAGGUUUCAGACUUGGCCGAUUUCAGGUUUCUGUGGCCAGCGAUCAAGACCCAGUCUGCGCUCCUCCAGAUUCAGCAGUCGUAAACUCAUCUUCCUCCAUCACCCCCUCUUCGAUAUCCUCAUUUACCUCCUCCUCAACUUCAUCAAUCUCUAGCCCUGAAAACACUGUUCAUAAAUCUCAAACCCUGCCCUGGGACAGCUUUAAUUCCAUCCCAGCUACCUCUACAGUCGGCCGCUUUCAGGUGACCUCCAACACUGACAUCAAAGUGGGCCGCUUCUCAGUGACUCCAGCAGAAGGACGGAUUUCCUCUGUGAGCUCUGCUGAUGGACGGGCCACCACUAAAGAGUCUAAGAUGACAUAUUCAAGCAUGUUCAUCACAAAUCACUACCUCAGCAGUGAUAAUGACUCUGAACCAGAGGAUGAGGGCUUGAAACAAGAGAUGAACAGGCUCAGGGAGAGGCAUAUGGCUGAGAUCCAGACUUUACAGAAUAAACAGAAAAAAGAGAUUGAAGAACUUUUUAGACAUCUGGGCAAAACCCCACCCUCUGUGGUUGUCCCUCCAACAGUGGCCAUAGCAGGAAGCAGGCGGAGACCCACUAAGGGCAAAGGAAAUAAAUCAAACCGUAGUGGCAUUCUGGCCAGUUCUCUUCAACAAGGGAACAAACAAUCUGCACAGAGUGAUCAAAGUUCAGUCAACCUGUCAGCUGCUGGGAAGGCUUCAACAUCUGAAACCGUGUCAAGCUCAUAUGUUCAGACACAAGGGAACACAAGUCCAGAAAGAGCAGAGAAUGGACAGAACCAGGACCAAACACCUGCUACUAAUCUGCCACGCAAAGGCACAUUUACAGAUGACCUUCAUCAGUUGGUUGAUAACUGGGCCAGGGAUGCCAAGAACAAGAUGCCACAGGUCAAGAAAGGCUCCAAGAAAAACGCACUUACCCAUGGCAUGAUGCCACGUAAAUACUCUGCACCAGGUCAGCUCUGCUCCAUUGGUGGCCACAUGCCAGCAACCAUGAACCUCUCAAUAGAACGCAAGGGUUCACUGUGUCUGAACAAUCCACAGUUUGGCUUCCCCAGCCCCACAUACAGCACUCCACAGUGGACUCAGGUGGGCCCGCUGGAGCCAGCAGCUCCCACUGCAGGGCUACAGCAGGGCUUCCUCACACCCUCAGGAGUCCACAAAUCUGGAAACAGCUGUGGGUCAACAAAUCUACGGACCACUCAGGCAAGCUGAAACAGCUGUGGAAGAGUUGGAAUAAGAAAGUAAAGGGACAGGCUGUGCCUCAUGAGGUUGAGAUUUUAAGGUGGUUUUCAAGGGGCUGGUCCUUUGACAUCCCCAAAGAGUGGCAUGAUUCAUCUAACAGUUUACAACAACUUAGAAGUCCAUAUGAUGUGAUUUAGAAUCCUACUAAACCUGCUAUUUUAAAGUGUUGAUUUAAAUAUUGGAAUGAGAUUUUUGGCCGGAUAGAUGAAUGUGUACAUUUAGACAACAAGGGAUGGAAGGGAUUAGACUGGUUUAUAUUCUUGUUAGCCUUGUAUCAUACGGUAUGGAUGCUGUCUUUAUUGUAAUAAAAUAAAAUGGUGUAACCAGUGAACUACAGUGCCGCAAAACAUAUAUCCAGCUAGUCAUCUGCAGUUUACCGUAAAGAAAUAAUGAUUUGGAUAAACGGAGAGAGGAGGAGUGAGGGGGUGGAUGGUCUUCGGUACCAACACAAGUUUGAACAGGUGCUGACAAUGUGUAUCCUACAUUCAUGAGUUUAGAAUGUUGGGAAAAUGGGUAAAGAAGGUAGGGAUGCUGGAAUAAAAAAAUAUAUAUUUUCGUUGGGAGACGCAUUUUAGAAAAAUAUCUGGCAAGUAUUGGGGGUUCUCUCUUUACUUUAAAAUAUACUUAAUUUUCAAAACAAGUUGGAGUAGAAAGGACAAAGAUGUACAAUUGAGGAAUGUUAAAGCAGGGUUUUAUAGCUCUUCAUACUUCCACAUAUUUCAUAGCAUUGUUCAUUCAUGACAUUUUAUAUAAUUUAUGAUCAACUUAUAAUAAAAUACUGUGCAUCUUGUUUAGACAGUCACCACUACCCCUAUACACCCUUUUUUAUCUAGGUGGAUGGAGAGCUUUAUUUGAUUAUGGGUGGUCCUUGAAGGUGGGCAUCCUGUCAGCCUUUAUUAAUGAAAGCAUAAUUCAUCAUAUCACAAUGUUGCUUUCAUUUUGAAUGAAGCUAGACUUAAACCACAGAAUAAUGAUUUCCCUUGACUGUCUUACAAAAAUGCAUAUCCCAUGCAAACCUGCCUGUAGAGGUUAAUGAAAUUGUAAUUGCAUUCACUUGAUUUUGGCCAUUGUAACCAAAAUAGGAUGUAUGAUUUCAUUUUAUCCAUGGAAAAAGUGUUCAGAUAUUCAACAUGGUGCAUUUUCAACUACAGCAAGAAAGGAAGUACAGUAUUAAGCUACAGCACCAAUUUGUCUUCAUGUUUUUGGAUCAGUCCCCCAAAAUACUAUUUUCCUAAAGCCACACAUUGAGUGCCAAUUGUUUUGCAGAUGUGACUUCCUCUCACCUCUGAAAUGAUCCACUUCUCUAGAGAAGGUAUUUGUUACUGCAGUGCAGAAUAUGCACAGUUUAAAGGUUAUCAGACUGGGGAGUUUUACUUGUUACUUUUGAUACUUGAGUGCACAGAUCUGUCUGUCCGUGAAUCCUCUUUAAUUGACCAGAACCACAUUAAGUGAAACUGUUAAAAUACCACUAAUAAUCACAAGCAUACACACCUGUUGUCAGUCACAUUAUUAAUUCUGAAAACUGCAUGUUUUCACCCACUUCUCACACCUGUGCCUAUAGAAAAACAACAUUAAAUGUAUGUGGUCAAGGGGGGGGGAAGCAAUUGCUGCUGAUGUGUUUGUCAGUUAUUUUCAGCCCAGGGUCUUGGUGACUAUGAUUUUGUUUGUCAGUCUUGUAAAAAAAAUGUAUAUAUUCAAAGGCCUAAUAAAACAUUUUUUGACUUUUUA